AUGAUUGCCUCAGGACUACUUCAAGAGCUGAAAAUGACCGCACGUAUUGUCAUCUGCCUCUUCUCUAACACUCGCGAAUCGUCCCGCCAUUUUUUGACGGCUGCUAAUAGUCUGGGCAUGAGUGUGAACGAAUUUGCAUAUGUCUUGCCUUGGUUGCAGGAUGGUGCUAAGGACAGUUCUCCGUGGAUGAGUGCGGAUGGGAGUUUAUUGCAGAAAAUUAAGGAUCAAUACGCCAACUCUAUAAUUAUCGAUGACGUCAACAGCUUCGACAAUUCAAUUAUUCAACCUUUCAUAGAUAGAGUGAAAGAAGCGGGACUCACCGAAUCCGAUGUAGACAUAGUGAGUUGA